CCCAAAUCCAGUUAGGCACCUCGGAAACGGUAAUGAUAGUAGCCGAACUGGGAAUUAAUAUUCUCAAAUACGGUUAUUUGAGGACCAAAUCGAUGGCACUGGCCGAAUUGUUCGAUUGGUUACGGGAACCCAUGUUCAAUUACGUUCCGGAUAAAGAAAAACAAAUUCUGGAUGGGGCAUUUAGGAAAUAUUACGCUAUUAGUCGGAUUGGAUACUCUAUCAAUACGGUUUGCGUCGUUUUGUGGUACAUUAAAAUGUUAUCCGAUGAAAAUCAAAUGCCUUCGAAAUUGUUUGGGAAUGAGAAUGUUUAUUUGAAGAGUUUUAUGUAUUUUCUGUUGACUAUUGGAUUUUUCUAUACUGGAAUCGCAAAUAUGUCUUUCAAUUUGAUCGUAAUCGGUUUAAUUUAUCAUGCCGCAUUGCAAGUAAGAAUAAUCAAAUCCUUAAUGGGAAAUUUGUACGAAUAUGCUAAUGAACAACCGGAUAAUUUGAAAAGCGAAGUUGUUUAUAGGCAAAUCGCUCAUUGUGCUAGAAGAUAUUGGUUGGUUAAAAGUUUCGUAGCCAGCAUAGAAUCGACAUUUUCGCUUCCGCUAUUUUUUCAGCUUUGCGUCAGCAUUUUGGUAAAUUGUUUCGUGUGUCUGCAAUUUUUGAUGAGCGACACUUUGUCUUUCACAAUCAUAUUUCCAAUAAUCGCAUUGUUUGCUGUUACUCUUGAAGAGUUUAUGUAUUGUUUUAUUGGAAAUCUUAUAUUUGAAGAGACUUCACAGUUUAACACCGAUCUGUACUUGACCGACUGGAUCGAGUUGGAUGUUAAGUGCCGCAAGGCCUUCAUAUUUUUAAGAGAAAAUUCUAAGAAGCCUAUUGUAAUUAGAGCUGGCAAAUUGCUGGAUUUAUCUCUGCAAACUUUUGCUAUGUUGGUGAGGCGUUCAUAUUCGCUUCAGACAGUAGUUUUCAGGUACAAGAGUUAGAAAUUGUGUGAUUUCUGCACAAAAAUGAUAAGUUGACUCAAGCAAGAACUUUAUAUUCUAUUAGUAGGUAGUACCAAAGAAUACUAAUACUACUAUGCCGCA